GCGAAAUUUCUAUUUGGCGAGAGCUUUCACAGAAUAAAAAUUACAGCAUUCUUGUCGCUAUUACUAUUAUAGGAGAAAACAGAUUGUCAACAAGAACUCAAAUCAUGGCUUCAAGAUAUGGACACAGAAAUGAUAUCCGGUCAAGUUUAGACAGGGCAGCCUUUUUCUGCUCUCAGCUAGACGGUAAAGAAGACGUGCUGGAAACCUGGCGAAAAAGUCGCCUCCAAAGCAUCAAGGCUAUUCGUAAUUUGAGGAAAAGAAUUGAUGACACUCAUUAUGGUGCAAACGUUGCCAGGGCAACAGGAACCGGUAUGUGCCUUUUCGGAGAAUUUCUUAAAUCGGAUACCAACGAUUCAAGACGCAGAAAUGAGGAAAAGCGAAAGCCAAGUAAUGCAGGAGAUUUCCUGGAAGCAUUAGGGUCCAUCCUGGCAUUUGGUGCAGAACUUGUGGAAAUGGGAGUAACAGCUUUUACAAUGUCAGAAGUGAAAGAAAUUCUGGAGACUGACAAGCAAAAUACAGAAUCACUUCAACGAGCAAUCCAGUUCUCCUCCAGCACAAGUGACAUCACAAAUCAGAUUUUUAAGCGCAAUGGAUUCUCUCAAGACAUAAGCGACAUUAUGAAAGUCUUCGGGAGCAUAAGAGACAUCAUGAACAAGUACAGCAGUAGGUUCGCCGUUGAUGUAUUCGACACAAUCGAAAGUAACGGAAAGUAUUCUGAAGCAGCAGGAAUUCUUGAAGGUUUGGAGAGUAAUGUAUUGCAGACUCUCCGAGACAUCGUUAACGAUCCAAUCUUAUAUGACUCCAUGAAUGUCAUUUAUCAAAGUUGGAGAUCUUCGCCUUUUGUAAGGAGGACAACCAAGUUAGGCCUAAAUAUGAUUGUAAAAGAAAGUUCUCGUCAAUCGUCUGCUUUGCAGAGCUACUCUGGUGGCUUUUUGAAAGCCGUAGGUAUGGCAUCAGAUGCCAUGGAAAUAAUGUCGUUGGUAAGUGACCUCAAAGAAGACCGAAAAACUGAAGAUUCUGAAAGAUUGCUAGAAGUGGAAAACCAAUUAACCCAUGAAAUGAACAGAAUGAAUGAAAUAUAUAAAAUAUACUGACCAUUUUCUCUAACAUCUAAGAUGGAGUAAUUAAGUCAUGCAAUAUGUUUUGGUCUCAUGGUAAAACGUAGCCUUGUGUAAUGAGUUAUGAACAAUUACAGACAGUAUUCAUUAUUGCAAUGUAAAUGUAUUACAAAGUCAUAUACCAUUUAUUACCUCAUAGUAGAAAAUACAGAGAAAUAUAUCCAGAGGGGCCCCAGUGGGAGGAAAAUUGUAAGAAAAAGUCCGUGAAACCUACAAUUUUUAAUCAACGAGAUGUAGUAUUGAACCCUAACGUUGGACAAUACUAAGUGUGCCGGUGUUCAACUUGCUAUAUGUUCUUUAUACAACUUACUACUGAUAAGUAAGAUAUCUGCGAGUGAAAAAAAAAUUAAAAUGUAAUGUUAUUCAUAAGAGAUUAAUUAUUUUUGUAUGAAUAUUAUUCAGUGAUUUGAUGAAUGGUUUAGUAAGAGCUACUCAAUGUGUGUGGAUCCAUAUUGAUGAAUGAUAAUUUUCAAGAAAUAAAAUGCGUGCAAUAAAAAUGUAAUGAUUGCAUUGUCUCAUUUGGGCAUUUUGGCCAUGAAAUAUAUAUGUUACCGUGAAAGAUUGAAAUUGCAGAAAGUCAAAUUUCACCAGUGGUUCACCGAAAAUAUUUGGUCCUCUGCCGAUGAAUGUUGAUAUUCACUAGCUGAUGUUGACAUUUACUGAGUUUGGGACGUUCGCAAUAACAUAUGUAGAUUAUACUACAUUUUAUAAAGACAAUUUGGCUCAUUUGAGGUGCCACAUAGAAAAGGAUGUCACCUGAUGUGUGGUGGGGCAGUACUCUAUUGCAUUAUCCUAGUUUAUGCAAUUCCCAGCAUGCAACUACAUAUACUCUUGCAAUAUUGUAAUCUUUAACCUCUAUCUUAAGAAUGCAUUCCCAAAGAACAGUUGGUCAUUGUAAAAUUGUAAAGAUAGC